CGUUGGCAACCGGGAAAGUACAGUGUGAGGAACAGGUGAUAAACAAACACACUGACCGGAGAAGUGAAAACAGUUAUGCUUAAUGAUGGCUGUGUUUGAGCUGUACACCCAGUACAACAGAGUUUGGAUCCCAGAUGCAGAGCAUGUGUGGAAAUCAGCUGAGAUCAGCAGAGACUUUCACUUUGGGGAGAAUGCUCUUGAAUUGCUCCUUGAAGAUGGCAAAGUGAUACAACCACCCGUGGACCCGUCUAAACCUCAGCUCCCUCCUCUUCGUAACCCGGACAUCUUGGUGGGGGAGAACGACCUCACAGCUCUCAGCUACCUGCAUGAACCUGCAGUCCUUCACAAUCUGAAAGUGCGAUUUGUGGAGUCCAGAAUCAUCUACACCUACUGUGGUAUCAUCCUGGUGGCUGUAAAUCCAUACAAACAGCUUCAUGUCUACGGCGAUGCAAUCAUUCAUGCCUACUCAGGCCAGAACAUGGGAGACAUGGACCCUCAUAUAUUUGCAGUGGCAGAGGAGGCUUACAAGCAGAUGGCCAGAAACCACAAGAACCAGUCCAUCAUCGUCAGUGGGGAGUCUGGAGCCGGGAAGACAGUGUCCGCUCGAUACGCUAUGAGGUACUUUGCUGUUGUAAGCAAAUCUGGAAGUAAAACUCGAGUUGAAGACAAAGUCCUGGCAUCCAAUCCAAUAACAGAGGCAAUUGGAAACGCAAAGACCACCCGGAACGACAACAGCAGCCGUUUUGGGAAAUACACGGAGAUCAGCUUUGACAAGAAGUUCAGGAUCAUCGGGGCCAACAUGAGGACGUAUCUCUUAGAGAAAUCCAGAGUUGUGUUUCAGGCAGACAACGAGCGGAACUAUCACAUAUUCUAUCAGAUGUGCUCCUGUGCUCACCUGCCAGAGUUCAAGAACCUGAAGCUGUUGAGUGCAGAUAAGUUCCAGUACACCUGCAUGGGCGGCGAGAUGACUAUUGAAGGGGUAGAUGACAAGAAAGACAUGGAGGAGACUCAACGGACCUUCUCCCUCCUAGGGUUGAAGGAAGAGUUUCAGUCAGAUGUUUUCAAAGUUUUGGCGGCUAUUCUGCAUCUGGGAAAUGUGGAAAUCAAGGACUCUGGAAGUGACAAAUCCUCAGUUCCACUCAGCGAUCCACACCUGGCGGUCUUCUGUGAGUUGCUGGGUGUGAGCGCAGAGGGGUUGGUGCGUUGGCUCUGCCACCGGAGGAUCGUGCUGGUGGCUGAGACGGUGGUGAAGCCGGUGCCCAAAGAGAAAGCGGUGAAUGCCAGGAAUGCUUUAGCCAAGCAGAUCUACGCCCAUCUGUUCGACUGUAUUAUCAACAGGAUAAACACAGCGUUGCAGGUUCCAGGAAAACAGCACGCUUUCAUUGGUGUUCUGGACAUUUAUGGCUUUGAAACGUUUGACGUCAACAGCUUUGAACAGUUUUGUAUCAACUAUGCAAAUGAAAAACUUCAACAGCAGUUCAAUUUGCACGUGUUUAAACUGGAGCAAGAGGAGUACAUGCGAGAGGACAUCCCCUGGACACUGAUAGAUUUCUAUGACAACCAGCCAGUCAUUGAUCUGAUUGAAGCAAAGAUGGGGAUCCUGGACUUGCUUGAUGAAGAAUGUUUGUUUCCUCAAGGCACAGAUCAAAGCUGGUUGCAGAAACUGUUCAACUACCUAGCUGACAAUCCUCUGUUUGAGAAGCCCAGGUUAUCAAAUGAGGCAUUUACGAUUCAACACUUUGCAGACAAGGUGGAAUAUCAAUGCAGAGGUUUCCUUGAAAAGAACAGGGACACUCUUUAUGAAGAACUUGUUGACAUUCUGAGAGCCAGUAAGUUUCCCUUUCUGGCCAACUUUUUCAAAGAGGAGGAGCUUCGUGCUGUGAACUGUAAAGGUGUCAAAGUGAGGCCCGCCAGGCCCGGAGUGAAGGCAGCCAGUAAACAGCUGAGAGCCUCUGUGGGAGAUAAGUUCUGCAGCUCCCUCUCUUUACUGAUGGAAACACUGAACGCCACCACUCCUCAUUAUGUGCGCUGCAUUAAGCCCAAUGAUGAAAAGCUCCCGUUUGAAUAUGACUCGAGGAGGGUGGUGCAGCAGCUGCGUGCCUGCGGAGUCCUCGAAACAAUUCGUAUAAGCGCACAGAGUUAUCCAUCCAGGUGGACAUACAAUGAGUUCUACAGCCGGUACAGUAUCCUGAUGUUGCAUCAGGAGGCCGACCUCAGUGACAAGAAGCAGACCUGCAAGAAUGUCCUUCAGAGGCUGAUUCAGGACCCUAACCAGUACAAGUUUGGUCGGACAAAGAUCUUCUUCCGAGCGGGACAGGUAGCGUACCUGGAGAAGCUGCGCCUGGACCGCCUGAGAGGAGCCUGUGUGACCAUCCAGAAACACGUCCGCGGGUGGAGCCAGAGGAGGAAGUACCUGCGCAUGAGAGAGGCGGCCAUCAUCCUCCAACAGUACAUCCGUGGACAGAGGACAAUCCGUAAAACGGUGAGUGCUGCAACACUGAAGCAGGGCUGGGCAUCGCUGGUGAUCCAGAGACACUGGAAAGGGUACCGCAUGAGGCAGAUCUACCUUGUCGUCCGUGUGGCAUCCAUCACCAUCCAGGCCUUCACACGAGGAUGGAAGGCACGCAAACAGUUCAAGACGAUGAUGAAGGAGCACAAAGCUUUGGUUCUGCAGAAGUACGCUCGAGCAUGGCUGGCACGCCGGCGUUUCCAAACCAUGCGUCGCCUGGUACUCAACGUUCAGCUCUCCUACAGGGUGCAGCAGCUAAGGAAAAAGAUUGAAGAGCAGAGCAAGGAGAACUGUGGAUUGGUGGAGAGGCUGACCACCUUGGCCAACUCGCACUCUCAAACCGUUGAGAAGCUUCAGGGUCUGGAGGUGAAGCUGGAAAAAUCCACUCACCUGAAGGCAUCUGUCGAGGCAAGAGAGAAGAAAGCGAAAGAAGACGCUGGUCUGACAAUUGCAUUGCUUCAGAAGGACAUGGAUGCACUAAAACUCGAAAAGCAGAACUUGGAGAAAAAGUUUGAAGCAUCCUUCAAAGAGGCAAAGGAGAACUUUGAUCAUAUAAAGAGCAGUCUUCUGGAAGAGAAAGAAUAUGAGGCAAGGCUUCGAAAGAUUGCAGAGAGCAACACUGAGAUCCAGAGACAGGACCACGAGAAGGAAGUGGAAAUUCUGAAAGAGGAGAUCAAGAGACUGAAAGAAGAGCGAGUUGGUUUACAGGGUAAGAUGGAGGAGGCUGGACAGGUGAACGCUGACCUGCAGGAACAGGUCAUCCAGCUCACCAAACACGUUAAAACCAUCCCUGAGCUCCGUCGAGACCUCAACAACCUGCAAAACCAGAGAAAUAACAUGGAUCGAAAAAUGAAGCAACAGUCUGAUCAAGCAAGAGUGAAAGUGAACGAUAUCACAAGACAACUUCUGGGUGGUGUUGUUGAAGAGGAGGUUCUUUUGGGGCUAAGUCCAGACAACUCAGAGAAGGUUUAUGAAGUUGAAGAUAUGCUUGCAGCCUUUGAUGGUCUACAGAAAGCUAGCAGAAUACUUGAAAGCCACCAGAAGGAGCAGAAGGAAAAAUAUGAAUCCCAAGUGGAGGGCUUGAAGUUGAAAGUGGACCAUCUUGAAAAUGAGAACAGCAAGUUGCAAAACCUGUUUCAGGAGAAGAGCAACGUCAACGAGAACAUCCGCCAAGAGGUUUCCAGGCUCAGCAGUGAAAACUCAGUUAUACCUGAACUGAAACUGCAGGCUUCUGAACUGCAGAGACAAAAACAAGAACUGGAGGCUCAUGUGGAGGAGCAGAGAAAAGAACUGGCAGAAAAAACAGAGGAGAUCACAAAUGUUCUCCACAGGAAGAUUGAAGAUGAGAGCUCACAACGCAGGCACUUGGAGGAGAAAGCGGGCGAGCUAGAGGAGCAGAAAAAUGAGCUUCAAGAACAACUGGAGGAGCUGGAAGAGGAGACUGAUCACUUGAAGAGACAGCAGCUGAUGGAGAGCGAGGCCAAGAGCAAACUGAGACAGGACAUUUCACGGCUUACUGCUGAGAAUAUUGACUUUGAGGAGAUGCUUGAUCACAAAGACAGAUUGAUAAAGAAACUCCGGAGUCAAAUAAAAAGCCUUGAAACAUCACAAAGAGUGAAACAAACGUCCGCGCCUGCCAUCCCCAAGGAUUUCCUCGGCAUGUUGGAGUACAAACGAGAGGAUGGACCCAGGCUCAUUCAAAACAUCAUUCUAGACUUAAAACCCAAAGGUGUGGCAGUUAAUAUGAUGCCCAGGCUGCCAGCUUUCAUCCUCUUCAUGUGCAUCCGCCAUGUCGACUACCUGAACGAUGAAGACAAACUCAAAUCUCUGAUGAAUGAAAUGAUCGCGGCUGUCAAAAAGGUCAUCUUGAAUUAUCACAAAGACUUUGAGGUGCUGUCAUUCUGGCUCUCAAACACAUAUCAGCUGCUAAACUGUCUGAAGCAGUACAGCGGGGAGGAGGAGUUCAUGAAACAGAGUACUCCUCGACAGAAGAAGAACUGCCUGCAGAAUUUUGAUUUGUCAGAGCACAGGCAGAUUCUCAGCGACCUGGCCAUCCACAUCUACCAUCAGUUUCUUUCUGUCAUGGAAAAGAGCCUCACUCCCGCAAUUGUACCGGGUAUGUUGGAGCAUGAGAGUUUGCAGGGGAUUUCCAGCAUGAAGCCGACAGGAUUCAGGAAGCGUUCAAACAGCAUCUACGAGGACUCGGAGACCUACACCCUCUCCUCCAUCAUCCAGCAGCUCAGCACCUUCCUCUCCAUCAUGAGCCAGCACGACAUGGAGCAGGGCCUCAUCAGACAGGCCGUCAAGCAGCUCUUCUUCCUGGUUGGUGCCACCACCCUCAACAACAUCAUGCUCCGUAAAGACAUGUGUUCCUGCAGGAAGGGGAUGCAGAUCAGGUGCAACAUCAGUUACCUGGAGGAGUGGCUGAAGGAGAAAGGACUGCAGAGCUCUAAUGCUAUGGACACUUUGAAGCCGCUGUCUCAGGCUGCCUGGCUUUUGCAGGUCAACAAGUCCACUGAUGACGACGCCAAGGAUGUCGCUGAAAAAUGCACCGAACUCAACACUGUUCAGAUUGUGAAGAUUUUGAACUCCUACACACCCAUCGAUGAUUUUGAGAAGAGGGUGUCAUCUUCGUUCGUCCGCAAAGUGCAGUCAUUACUCCACGAUCGUGAAAGCUCCUCACAGCUGAUGCUGGACUCGGACUAUCGCUUCCAGGUCACGUUUCCUUUCUGCCCAUCCUUACAGGCUCUGGAGCUGCUGCAGGUCCCGAGCAGCCUCCAGCUGGGUUUCCUCAUCAGGAUCUGAGCCAGCCGGCCUUUAACAUUUCACUACUAAUGACUAAUUCACAGCGCAGUGACCUGCGGUUGCUUCUUAUUGUAUAUAUGAAUAUGUAAACACAUUUAACAAAGUAUAAAUAUAAUAAACAAUGUAGACUUUUUAAAUGCAGAGAUCAUGCCUGUCUAACGUAACAACUCCAUAAGGGAAAGGUUUUUAAGAUUUGUUCAGAUUUUUGUAUUUUUUUUAAUAAACUGAAAUGUAUUUAUGUUUAUGA